AGCGAGGAACGCAUCAAAUUUGCAAGUUUGCGCGUCCCCAGCGUCUAUUCAUAUUCUUAAUUGUGUCGCGUUAGAAUUUGUAUUUAAGUGUUCAAUUUACCAAACAUUUAGUGUUCUGAACUGGGUGUGGAAAGUGACGAUCGGUUGCUGCACAGUUUGCUGUAUGCGCAUUCCAACCAACGCUACUGCAAAAGUUGCCGCGCAAAAAAGCGUAUCUGAAAUCAAUACUGCUGGAUGCCAUCAUAGCCAUAGCCGAAUCUGGGAUUUCGCGAUGGUAAAGCAAGCAAAUCAAACAUCGAUUCGCAUCGUUAGUGUGGAUCAUUACAUGAGCAAACCGGAUCCACAGUUCGACACGUGCUAUUCGGAAUUCCGUGGUUCGGAAAUCAAACAAGUGCCGGUCAUUCGAUUGUUUGGGUCGAACACCGAAGGCAUCCAUAGCUGCGUGCAUAUCCAUGGUGUCUUUCCGUACUUUUACAUCCCCUACGAUGGUUCUGUCACCGACAAGCUCGUGGUGGAUCAAAAAGUUUACCAACUGGCUUGCGCUCUUGAUAAGGGUAUAAACGUUUCGCUGGGAUGCUCAGCGUCCCAAGCGAAGCACGUUUUUAAGAUAGUAUUGGUGAAAGGAAUUCCCAUUUACGGCUAUCAUCGUAAUUCGCAUCACUACUUCAAGAUCUAUAUGUACAAUCCGAGUUUGUUACGAAACGCCACUCAAUUGUUAAUGAACGGAACUAUCCUUUCGGGAACAUAUCAAGUUCACGAAACCCACAUACCGUACAUACUGCAAUUUUUCAUCGACUAUAACCUAUACGGGAUGAGUUUUUUGGAACUAAAUACGAACGGAUUGCGACAGCGGAAAAAUGUGGCUGAAAACGCCAAUAAAAUCCCACCGAAGAUGUCCAUAUCCGAGAUCGAGAUAGACGUGCUUGCAUCGGACAUCCUCAAUCGAGAGCCAGAGGAGAGCGACACCGGUGAAUUUGCGAAUCCAGGCAUUGCUUCUAUCUGGAAGGACGAACAAACCCGGCGGCAGUUGCUAAAUUUCGAGCAACCGGAACGCAUGAAUCUUUCACAGGACAGUGGUUCGGCACGUGAAAUCAUAACCGAAAGCGAUCGAUUCUACCGAGCGCGACUUUUAUCAAAACUGUCGAAAGAAUUCGCUUCCAGCUCAUCUGCGGAUGAAAAAAGAACAGCACCCAGAUCAGCCUACCCAUCGGAAGCAAAUGAAGGCGAAGCAUUACUCGAUGCGUCCUGCAUAGUGAAUCAUGCACGUCCUAGUGGUGGACACAGCAAUGAGAGCUUGUAUGACUCCCAAAUUAGUUAUCAUUUCGAUGCAUCGACCGUGGUUGAUGAAGAGAAGAUUAUGUCUAUGUCACAGAAUCCGGACAUGACACUCGGAGAGGAGGAUUAUAAUAUGUUGGAAAUCAUGCGAGAAUUGGAAGAACAGGAAACUAACAACAUUGACAGUGACUGUCUGUUAGCACCGUUAACACAAUCCUCAGGCGAUUUCAAUCGCAGCGUUAUCCAAAGCGGUUUGAACCUGUCGCAAGCCAACAAGCGGCUAAACGCUUCUAUGUAUGGAGAUCUGGACGCGGUUUGUCUAAUGUCCGACCAAGCCGAAGGCCGCACUCUCAACCCGGACGAGCUCAGCUUCGAUUCGGAUGAUGAAUUUCUACUUGAUUUUUCGCAAAAGCAAUCAUUGGCCGCAAACAACGAGGUGACUGAAACAAAUACACUUCUCAACGAUAGCGACGAUGGUCUCCUGUUCGGUGGAUGUAUUCCUCAGUUAGAUGGAGGUGAUGACUCCUUUAAAUCGGUUUCUGCCAAGCGGACCAGAACCAACAAGGAAAGCAAAACGCCAAACAACUCAUCGGCAAAAAAGAUGCGGAUUGACUUGACGCAACCGCUAUCGCGAAAAUCUUUAACACCGCGUCGAGUAACGUUCGCUCUCUCGCCGAAGGAAAAUGAUGUCGAACGCACCAAGCGUGUGCUGAAGGAAUUUGAGGAUUCAUCUCCUAAUACGUUGAAGAACUUUGAAAUAAGGAUUCCUAAACUAGGAUUGAUCAAGAAAUCGAUUUUGUUCACCAAUCGCAAUCGAAGUUCUCCAGUGUCCGGUACGAUGGCGGAACCCUCGAUACCAAUGAAAAACCUAAAAGUGUGCAUACCAAAAUUGGAUCCCACAACUUACAAUGUAAAUCAAGCCUCGACCUCUAAGGCAUUGGAUUCGACACCGCUGGCUGCAUGCAAACCAAUGUCGUCAGCCCAUUCGGAAGACCGAUAUCAACUUGCUAGGACUUACGAUUUCAUCAACAACUUUGAUCCACUGGAAGGUCCAUCUACACCGAAAUCUCAGCGUGCGCGAAGAAAAAAUGUAACCCCCAAUGGGAAAGGACAGCCUAAGCCAAAGCGGUUGAAAUUGGAGGACGAUAUGCGACAGAUCGAACUGAUUCUUUCGGAAAGGUUUAAAAACAUCGUUCGUUUAUCUCCGAAAGUGCUGAUCAAACCGUUACUGCUAAACGACAAGCCAGCAGUCAACAGCGAGCUAUCUUUGGAUGAUUAUUCAUCACCACGUAAAAUGUUACCCGAAAACGAUCCACAAAGUGACACAAGCGGUGCUGCGGAAUGCAAUAAUUCUCCUAAUCGAUCAUCUUCGGUAGCCGCAAUUUCUACACCAUCCACACCAACAGCCACAACGCCACCGCAAGUGGGAAAAGUUGCUGAGGAAACCUCGACCAGCGAUAAAGUGGAGAAAGUUGCUGAGGGAACCACGACCAACGAUGAAGUAGAGAAAAUUGCAGAGGGAACCUCGACCAACGAUGAAGUGGAGAAUGUUGCUGAGGGAACCUCGACCAACGAUGAAGUGGAGAAAGUUGCUGAGGGAACAUCGACAAACGAUGAAGUGGAGAAAUGUAACAAUGACAAAGCAAACGAACUCACAGCAGAGAUCGAGGGGAUGGAUGUAGAAUUUUCUUUGCCAUCCACCAGCGACUCUUGUGAUGCUGACGAAACGACACCGAAUAAUGAACGCGAGAUACACACCACACGGAACGAAAAUUUGAGCGAAGAAAAUGUUAACACUAUUUGCAUUGAUGAUAAUGACAGCGAUGAUGCACAAAUGCCGACGUCGAGUCUACGCGAUAAACGCGAUCCGAAGGAUCCUGUCGUUCUUAUUGAAGCGGACAGUGACGACGAUAUUCAGAUGAUUACGCCCAGUCUACUCGAGGACCUUCCCCCAAAGGGACUUUCCGAAAAGGACGAUGAAGAAUUGCGUACUGCGAUCGAUUUGUUGGAUGAUGAGAAUGAUACACCCGCAGGUCCGUCGGUGACCAUUGAUAAUCAAUUAGACGGAGUGGUUGAGUUGAUGGACGAGGAUCAGCAACGUAAAACAGGAAAUAGCGCCGGUGAUGGUGAAGUGGACGAACAAAGCACAGAUGAUGAUGCAAACAUGCAAAGUUUUUGUGAAAAAACGCUUUUAUGUGAGAUUGACGAUAUUAAUUCCGAUUCCGACGACAGCUACUCUGGCUCGUGGAACAAAAACGAGACCGAAAAGGACGAUCAACUAAUAAUAACGCUCGCUGCAUCAGCACCUACAGGGGAGGAUGCACAACGAGCAAUAGAUCAGUUGGAGAUUCCUGCCGUUGUCAACACUACCCCGUUUUAUAGCGAUCCUGCAGAUGUGACGGGCAGGAAGGAAGUUGGUCAUACUGUUUUAAAUAUAGCAGGAAAUAGUUUGAAUGAUGAGCAAGAAUUUACAAGCACCAUUGCUGGACUUGGUUCGCUGAAACAUUUGCGAUAUGAUAACCUUCAGAGCACGUUUGGGGAAGCCAUCAACGACGUGCUAGGACCAAUCGGCUCCAAUGGUCCCAGUUCUGAACGUAUGAAAGAACUAGUGACCUCGGAGGAGUGCGUUGUUAUAACGCCAUCGGAACUUCCACCUAACCGAACUGAAGCGGCUAAUUGGAUUGGCAACAGAUGUCGAGAACGCCAAGUUGAUGCUGUCGUUUCGGUUGAUUCCGACAGUCCCGUAAGGGUGAAAUCAGUGGACACGAUCAUGGCCCUGGACGAUGGGGCGCAACUGACCCGUUCAUCGCCACGCAAGGUUCUGGAAGCAAGCGAUGGACACACCGAUUUACCCACCAAGAGCAAGAGCCCAACAAAGUCGGUUGGGGCAACGAUGGUAGCAAAAGAGAACACCGUGGAUGAGAUCGCAUCAUCACAGCAGGAACAAGUACAGCACAACCGCCCAAACCCGUCACCCAUCAAAGAAAACCUCUCGCAACCACCGAGCACAGGGACGUCGGAUCAGUCGGAUUUAAUCGAACAAAGCAGUGCAGACAUUUCGACGGCUACUCCGAUUGGGUUCAAGGUCGGUUAUGAAAACUUACAGGAGGCCAAAUCGAAGUGUGAGUACAACUAUCUAACAAUAAUGUCGCUCGAAGUACACGUGAAUACCCGUGGGGAUUUGCGGCCAAAUCCGAGCAUUGAUCCUAUUGCGGCGAUUUUCUACCGCAUCCACAACGACGUUCCUUCGGAUUAUCCGAAGGCGUCAUCUGUCUGUGGGAUCAUACUGAGCGGUGACCAGGCACAAAACGAUUGUGCGAGUGAAACCGACGGUAAGGUGUGCUACAAGUACAACCAAUCCUCACACGUGGCGGACGUCGUCGUAGUGUCCGGAGAGCGGGAACUUUACGAACAGUUUCUGCAGCUCAUUUCCAUCUGGGAUCCGGACAUAUUUACCGGUUACGAAAUUGAAAGCGUAUCCUGGGGCUAUGUAAUCGAACGGGGCUACGCAUUAGACAUGAAUAUAAUGAAGAAGCUCUCACGCGUUCCGUCCGUGGACAAAGUGCAGGUGUCGGAAGAGGAACAGCGGGAACUGUUGGAAAUGCACGAUUACAGUGCGGGCUUGAAGAUUCCGGGUCGUAUACUGAUGGACAUCUGGCGUUUGAUGCGGCACGAGAUUGCCCUGACGUCGUAUACGUUCGAGAACGUAGCGUACCACGUGCUGCAUCGGCGGGUUCCAAACCAUUCCUACCGACAGCUGUCCCGACUGUGGCACAAACCAUACAGCCGCUGGAUUGUGCUUGAGUACUACCUAGAGCGUGUGAACGGGAACCUAGAGAUACUGACUCAACUCGAUUUGAUUGGGCGUACGGCGGAGUUGGCCAAACUGUUCGGUAUACAGUUUUACGAGGUGUUAUCCCGUGGGUCCCAGUUUCGUGUGGAAAGCAUGAUGCUGCGCAUUGCGAAACCGAAGAAUUUUGUGUCCGUUUCGCCCAGCAUCCAUCAGCGUGCGCACAUGCGUGCACCGGAGUACUUGCCAUUGAUCCUCGAGCCGAACUCUCGCUUCUACGCCGAUCCGAUCAUUGUGCUGGACUUCCAAAGUCUUUAUCCCAGCAUUAUAAUUGCCUACAACUAUUGUUUUUCAACUUGCUUAGGACGUAUCGAGCAUUUGGGAGAAGACACUUCACCGUUUGAGUUCGGCGCAUCACAUCUUCGUGUACCACCAAAGAUGCUGAAAGCACUGCUCGACAAGAAUUUAGUUACAUUUUCACCCUGUGGCAUUGCGUUCGUGAAGAAGCGCGUGCGGGAAGGUGUGCUUCCGCGCAUGCUAAGCGAAAUCCUUAACACACGCCUGAUGGUGAAAAAAUCGAUGAAGCUCCACAAGGACAACAGCAUUCUGCAGCGUGUGCUCCAUUCCCGUCAGCUCGGUUUAAAGCUGAUAGCGAACGUGACGUACGGUUAUACGGCGGCUAACUUCAGCGGACGCAUGCCGUGCGUCGAGGUUGGCGACAGUGUCGUUGCAAAGGGUCGGGAAACGCUCGAACGAGCGAUCAAGUUAGUGGAGGAAACGGAACGCUGGGGAGCGAAAGUCGUUUACGGCGAUACGGACUCACUGUUUGUGCUCUGUCCGGGAAGAACCAAAAAGGAUGCGUUCAAAAUAGGUGAGGAGAUUGCCGAAGCCGUUACUAAAGAAAAUCCACCACCGGUCAAGCUGAAGUUAGAGAAAGUCUACCAACCAUCGAUAUUGCAAACUAAGAAACGGUACGUGGGAUACAUGUACGAAUCGGCAGAUCAACAGGAACCCGUCUAUGAAGCGAAGGGUAUCGAAACGGUCCGUCGAGAUGGGUGCCCGGUUGUGGCAAAAAUGCUGGAAAAAGUAUUGCGCAUUCUGUUCGAAACCUGCGACGUGUCGAAGGUGAAGCAGUACACCUGUCGACAGUUCACUAAAAUUCUGGAGGGACGAGUGAAUCUGCAGGAUUUCAUAUUCGCUAAAGAGUUCCGUGGAGAGAACGGUUACAAACCAGGGGCAUGUGUACCGGCAUUAGAAUUGACGAGAAAAUGGAAGCAAACCGAUCCACGCCGUGAACCUCGCCAGGGACAGCGGGUACCGUACGUGAUCAUCAGUGGUCCUCCACUUGUGCCACUAAUUCGGCUCGUGCGCAGUCCGGACGAGGUGCUCUCGAACGAAGGACUUAAAAUAAACGCUAAUUAUUACAUUGUGAAGGCUAUCAUUCCGCCCCUAAAUCGGUGCCUUCUGCUGAUCGGUGCGGAUGUAAACCAAUGGUACAACGAACUGCCUCGAAAGACGCUUAUGUUGCACAAUACCGGCGGAGUGCCUGCGGACCAACUGACAACCUUGGCAAAGACCGAUCAACAACAGCAUAAAAAAGUCACGAUCUCGCAAUACUUCUCGACCACCAACUGCAUCGUCGACUGUGGCAAACAGACGCACCAUGGAGUGUGUAAAGACUGCCGACAGCAACCGCAACGUGCCUUGGUGCAUGUGAUGAACAAAGUGAACAGACUGGAACGGAAACUGGAGCUCACAGAAAAGAUGUGUCGAUCAUGCUGUCAGCGUACGUUCGAAACGGCAUGCAUUUCACUGGACUGUCCCGUACUUUUCUCGUUAAAUCAACGAACACUGGAGUACAAACAAGUGCAGUACUAUCGGGAUCUCAUCGAUCAGAUGUUCUAAGGAAAACAAAAUAAUUUGUUAGCGAGCUUUACGAAACUCUCAACUACAUCGUAUCGUGACGCAGUAAUAUUUAGACUUUUUCUCUCGAAUUUCUCAACAAUUAAACACAAUUAUCAAUGAAACAGCAUCAUUAUUCGAACGGUAAAGAGUUAAAGGCAGAAAAACAUUAACUUUUAUUUGUCGUUAAAUGGCAUUCAUUACAAAGUUCAUUUAUCUCUCCAUGUGAUAAAGGUGAACGUGCACAAGCGUGCUUAAACCAACUGCAGCUGAUAGCAGCUGAUAAAAUACAAACAUUACAUCGUA